AUGAUAUCAUCCAUUUCAGCAGAAAAAGAAAAUACUCGGAAAAAAAAAAAGAAAAAAUCCAUAAAUAAAAGUAAGAAAAAUGAAAAAACAAAAAAUCCCGAGGAGGAAUACAAGGAGCUGUAUAUAGAACAGGUUGAAGAAAUACUAGCUCUGAAUCAUAUUUAUUUUCCAAUAUACGUGGAGAAUACUGGACAUAUGAAAAAAUGUCACCUUCCAAAUGAACUCAUGAACAAAGACGAUUUUGUAAAGAAGAGUAGAAUAUUGACCGAAGCAACAGUGUGUAUCGAUAUGAAUGAUGAAAUAAAUCCAGAUGAUUGUUUAAAAUUUUGCAUUUUCUUCAAUUUUGAUAAUGAUUUUCCAAAAUAUAAAAUAACCUUCAGCUUUGAAAAGAAAUAUCCAUAUUCCUACCCGAACAUUUCCAUAAAUAUAAGUAGUACUCUAAGUGAACAGCAAAUAAAUUAUAUCACUUUAAAUAUAAAAAAAAUAUGUGCUAAAAAUUAUGGGAGAAUUACAUUAUUUGACAUUUGUAUAUUUCUUAACGAAUACGUGAACAAAUCUUUUAGUAAUAAUUUUAAAAAUCUAUGGGAAGAAAUGAAUUACAGAAUUGAUGAUAUUGAUAAGUGUAAAAAAAAGAAUGAAGAGAGACAAAUAAAAAAUUGUUUUGAUUGGAAUCAUUUUCUCGACAGAACGUCGAGUAAAGGAGGAAUGUCCUCUUAUUCUUCUCAAUAUUUUAGAAAAUACAAUGAGAAUGAAGUCUAUUGUCUAGAUGAUCGAAAGAGAAAUAGUGAAAAUGGAAUCACCUCGAGUGUAUUUGGUUUAGAAAAUAAUCCUAGCCGUAGCAAUCGAAACAGUAGUGUCGGAAGUAGAAUCAGUGGAAAUGUGUGCACACAUAGGAACAACAAUUUCGAUUGUGAAGAAAACAAAGAAAGUUUCAUCAAUUUGAAUAACACUGAAGGAUUCACAGAACUCGAUAUCAUCAAUACAGAUGUGAGACGUAGGAAGCACUAUACAACUUAUGAUAGAGGACAAUUUUUUUUAAACACAAAUGAGUUAAAAAAUAUUUCUGGUUUUUCUUCUAUAAAUAGUUACCCAUUGGGGAUGGAAGAAAAUUUAAAAUUUCAUGUAAAAAAAAAAAAAGAAAAAAAAAGGCAAGAUCGAAAAGUGUUGAAAGACGAAUUAAGAGGAGACGUAAAAAAUAUAUCAAUAACCUCAAAUGAGCAAAACAUAAUUAAAUAUGGAAACGGAAGACUAAAACAUUUUCACAUUUUGAAAAAAAUACCAAUAAAUUAUUAUAGAAAUAUGUUAAUAGCAAGACAUAGUAUCGAUACCAAUAUGUACAUAAUUCAUACAUAUGUGAUUUUAGGUACUUUCCAUUUCUUGACAUUUUUCUUGAAUCACAUUUUAUACUGUAAUAGAGGAUUUAAUCUGUUCUGUAAUUUGCUCAGCGAAAAAAAGGAAAAAAACAAUCCAUCUGUCCAAAAAGAGCAAAGUAGACAAAAUUGUCAGCAUUUCCAGCGUAAUGAAAAGAGCAAAAAAGACAAGAAAGAUAAGAAAAGUGAGAAAAACGAAAAAAUAUUUACAGACUUUUUAAAAGACAUGAACGAUUUUAGAAAUCAGAAAAAGACAAAAAAAGUAUACGACCCAUCAUGUCUGAACUAUUUUUGCAGUGAAUAUGAACUGUAUGCCAAGAAGCAUUGCACAGUUAGUACAGAAAAUGAAAAAACAUUGUUACAUAUUUUAAAUGAGUUAAAUUUUGCACGCUUAAGAAACCUAAUUAAGCAUUUCCGGAUGGUGCAAAAAAUGAAUUUGAAAAAAAUAAUCAGAGAGAUACUCAAACUGACUAAAAUACAACACAAAUAUUUAGCACGCUAUCAUGUUUCCUGGUCUCAAAGAGAGUAUGCUAUUCUUAAUGAAUGCAUGGGAUACAACACAGACAUGUGUAAAGUAUUCAAGAUAAUGAAACUCCUCAUAUUGAGUAGAAUUUUUCGCAAUUAUGAAUUAGAGGGAGAUAAAACCAUAGAACAUUUCUCAAAAGAUGAGCAAGACACACAUUUGUGUCUACAGGAGGAAGCCAGAAGAAUAGAAGAUCUUUUCCAAAAGGUAAAAAGUAGUGAUCAUAACGAAUAUGAAGACAAUGGAGAAAGAAAAGAAAACAAAAAAAAAAAAAAAAGUAACCAAAGACAACAACAAAAAAGUAGUUACAGAAUUGUUAGUAAAGAUUUAUACUCAUCACCCCUCAGCAAUAUUGAAAAUGUGAAUAGAACAUGCACUUUUCCAGAUAGAAGAAGCUUUGGGAAAGACAUUUCCAAUGGAAUGAAGAGAUUCACUAUAAAUCCAGAAGAAAGAACAAAAAUGAAAAAGCAAAAUGAAACAUCAACUCUCUUGCAUUACUUCAGUUCGACAUUAAGUGAAAGCACACAGGGAAAAAUGGCAUAUACGAGAAAAAGUAUUUACAAUGAUGAGAACAAAGCCAAGGAGCAAUACAGUUAUAGCAAGGAACCCAUGUUAUUAUCACAAAAGACACUAAGUUAUAAUAAAAAAAUUGAAUUUUUAGAAAAUUUGCUAAGCAAAAAGGAAAAAAGAUACGAUGUCCUCUACGUUCAAUGUGAGUACUGCAAGGGACAAAUACUAGAAAAAGAAAUUCAAAAUUUUUUUUUUCAAAACAAUAAAUAUCUCAUAUGGACUGUGUUCAGGCAAAUUCUGGAAUGCCUAAGUUAUUUACAUAGACGUAAAAUAUAUAUAAAAAAUUUAAGUACAGAAAACAUGUUUAUUGAUAAUGAUGAAUAUGGAAUCCAUAUAAAAAUCGUAAAUUACACUGCAAGCAAUAUGAUUGAUUACAUAUAUUUUUACAACUACUCUUAUGCAAAAAAGUCUUCCUAUCUGUCCAACUUUGUGAAAUUGUUUUGUCGCGAGCACGAUUCUGGCCGUGACCAGCAGGAGAACCCAGACGACAGGACGAAGCAGAAUCGGAACCUGAACCUGAACCCGAACCCGAAUGAGAAGAAAAAGGAAAAAAAAAAUUUGGAACAAGCCAAGAAAGUUUGUGAACCCCACUGUGAGACAUUAUUAUCUCCAUGCCGAGGGGAUGCCCUCACAGAGCAAAAUCAUCCAAGUAUCAAGAUGGAAAAAGGAAUCGAGACAAAAAUUGGAGCAGUAAAUGAAAUAGGAGUGAAAUCACAAGAGAAAGAAGAACAACACUGGUCAUUCUUUCCCCAUUUGAAAAAUCACAUAAAAAGGAAAUUAUUAGAGGAUCACAAUAAUUACAACAAGAAUGUGUCAACAAAUAAACCUAAAGAAUACACAGAAUUCUACACACAUUCAUAUAAUCAGUACUUUUACAAUAGUUUAGGGAAGAAAAAGUACAGUUAUGAAGAGUUAGAUUUGUUUUCCCUUGGGUUAGUGCUAUACGAAUUGUUACAUAUACCAUUUAAAUCGAAAAAAGAAAAAUUACAAAAUUUUAGAGAAAUUAUUGAAAAGAAAAAAUUUCCUGAUGAUUUUUUAAAAAAUACUCUUGACAAUGGAGCAAUUAAAGUUUUGAAGUUUAUUUUAAUGAACACUAUUAAUAAUUACCACUCAAAUGAAAACAUUCAGAGACUUCAAUAUCCAGAUAUUUCAAAUUUAUGUGCAAAGACGAGUAAUGGAAAAUUUAAAUUCCACAUCAGUGGAAAUAAUAUGCACACUAGUUUAUUUAAGGAAAAAAUAAAAGAAAAAAAAAAAAAUUCCAUUAUUAUUAUCAAUGAUUACAAGAAAGAAGCUCUUUCCUGUAAGGAAAAAUCACAACCCCUAAGUGAUCGAGAUGAACAAAUAAAAAAAAAUGAACAUGAUGCCGAGUAUGAUGUAGGGGUGUAUAAAUCGUUAAAGCAAGAAAAAGACACUUUUUCACACAUUAGUAGUGCAAAUUCGGAUGCUCUGGAAGAACAUUUCAGCAAUUUAAAUGAUUCGCUACAAAUACCAAAGGCUAGUUCUGGCCCUUCUCAAGAACCCAAGAAGGAGCAUGAACAGAAUCGAAAGAAAAAAAAAGAUUCUUCCAUUCGAUCGAAAAAAAAAAAAAAAAAAAGUGACACGAGUAUUUCAGGGACUACUCUUCUUUUGCGUAAUGAUGGUAAAGGCACUACAGACAUCUGUCAGUUCAAUGGGGGACAAAAUAACAAAACAGAUGUAAGGCCAAGAGAGAAUAACAAAUCAAAGGAAGAAUCUCCACUGAAUGUCAUCGAAAGCAAUGAUCAAAUUGGAAAUACACACAGAAUAACAGCUGAACAGUUGCUGAAUUGCCCGUUAAUACCAAUGGUCAUACAGAGGGAUCUAUUUAAAUAUUUCUUACAAAAGUUGAAGAUCAAUUCUGAAAUCGAAUGCAGAAACGUGUUAAGAAUUUUAUUAUAUAAAAAAAGUGAAUCAGACAAAGGUGGUGUUCUUAUGGAUGUAAAUAUGAGAGUAGGAUCUUAUGGAAACACAUGCACAUACGAACAAGAUGUUAUAAACAGUUGUAUACUGGAACACAUGAAUGCCUUUUUAUCUAAAAAAGAUGCAACGUAUAAUCAACCACUUGCUUUUCAAUUAAUGAUGAGAAGAAAUGAUCUCCAUAUAUACCAAACUGUGGAUAACAAUUUUGCACAAAAAAUUCCAACAAAAUUUAUUAAAAAAAUGUAUAUACAAAAGAAAAAAAUUGAGAAAGAAAGAAAUAAGACAUAUCACUCAAGCUAUUAUAACUCUCACAAGAGCAUUUCAGUGCCUGGUGCACUAUUUGACAGACACAGAAUAGUGAAGUUUGACGAGAAGAAUAAUUCUAUGAGAAGAGACAAAGUGUGUGAAAUAAAGAAACAGCCAUUAAGAAACAACUUGCCAUGGGAAGAGAAAAAUUGUUCUAUACUAAAUAGGUUUAAUCAAAGAAUUAUGUUUAUUGAAAAGAAUAACAAAUUGUUGUAUGUUCCAUUUUACCUGACCGAAUCAUAUGUUAAUACAAUUCCAUAUUGUAAUUAUGGGAAGAAUUUCAGUAGUUCCUUUUGUUUCUUUCAAAAUCAUUUUUUGCAAAAUAGUAAACAGAAGAUGGUGAGGCGAGAGAACAGCCUCCUGUACACUACCAUGAUAAAAGUGGACAACCGGGAGGAUCUCUACUUCUAUGUUAGAUGUACCGUUGGCGAGAAAACCAGCGGGUGUACAUUACAUAAUGCAGCUAAUGCAGAUAGUCCAACUAAAACUAGCAGUGUUGCUGACACAGGUAGAGAUAUCAUAAUGAACUUCGAUGAGACCAUCACCUCCCGGAACAGUGACAGUGAAGAUGGAAAUAUAGAAAUUGGAAAAGACACUUACGUGAAUAUUUCCUUUUGCGUAUAUCAAGUUAUGAAUAUAUACAAUGUACUAAACAUGAUACAGAAGUUUGAGUACUAUUUAAAAAAAAUAACCAUAAAGUGGUCUUUUACAGAUAUGUUAAUAUACAUAAUUAGAGACAUGCUUUCGAUAGAAAAUGAUGAAAAGACAUUUUACAUAUACGACCGUUUUAGAGAAGGAAAUAUAACAUAUAAAAAUUUAAAAAAAUUAUUAUAUUUUUUAAACAUAUCAUUAUAUGAUGAAAAGAUUUUAAAAAUUCUUUAUUCAUUGAUAUUUAAUAAAUGUAAUAAUUUAAACAAAAAAAUGAAUAAAAUUAGGAAAAUGUAUUACUUGAAAGAUCACAAGAAUAAAAAAUUUAUUAACUACUUAGCUUCUACUAUUAUUUACUUGAAUAAUUUAUUUCAUCAUUUUAAUAAUAAUUCAAAUACUAUUUUUAUAUGGGAUUUUUUUAUGAACAAAUAUAAACAACUCUUUGGUUUUUCUUUUGCUUUCAAUAUCUAUUCACAAGUUGAUCGAACUAUUUUAUUGUCUAUUGGUGGCAUAUCAACAGAUGUAUUUACAAAUAUGAUUCACAAAGUUCCAUCCGAAGCUACUUACAAUUUCGUCUUUGAAAUUUUUGUUGACUCCAUAUCGACCAUUAUAUUUCAGGAAGUACGAAGGAACACUUCUGGCAAUAUGCUCAUUGAUUUCCACUCCCCCAGUGUGGUCAUUACCAUCAAGGCGUAUAAGUUACUUGUCUACGCUUUCUCCCUUUAUAACAAUUUAAUUCAGAAUAACAUCAAGUGCGAGUGCAAAGUAUCCCCGCUGAUCGAGACAUCCAAAUUUGAACAGGGACUACUCAAGUACAACAAUAUAAAUAUACAUGUACAAAUAACCCAAAAGAUGAGUUCUAAUAUAUCGUUAAAUAUAGAAGAUUACGAAGGACCAACAGAAAUUAGCAGUUCCAACAUAACUGGUGAAGAAAAUUUAAACAUCAUUUAUAGUACCCACCUCAUUAGGCUAAAUGUUAAAAAGAAUUUUGAAAAUGAGUCUUCUCUUAUCAAUUACAUAAAGCAAUUUUAUGCCAAAAGGUAG